AAUGCCUUACUUUACGCAUUAACAUGUCAACAAUUACCUUUAUUCGCAAAAACAAAAAAGAAUAUGCGUAUAAAAGUGAAAAGAACUUACUCCAUAGAUUAGCUUACUAAAGCUUCGGUACACGAUAUUCAUUACUCUAAGAAUACUCAAUUAUGAAUCGCUUAUUCUGGGCUGGUGUUGGAUGCACACUUUUAUUGUCUAUUAUCUGUAGUUUUAACAUAUUGAAUGCUGCUCCAAACGAAAAACCAGUUCCAGCCAAACCAGCAGCUGCCCCAGCCAAACCAGCAGCUGCCCCAGCCAAACCAGCAGCUGCCCCAGCCAAACCAGCAGCUGCCCCAUCCCAUUCCCUCUGGGAAUUUUUUUCUUUGGGGAAACGGAAUGUAAGUCGUAAGAAAAUAGGUUUGAUUGCUGCAUCUUCCUUACCAGUAGCUUUCGGAGUCCUCGGUGAAAUGAUGGCACAAAUUCUGCACUACAUAGCCAGUUAAAUGGGAAAAGCUUCACACUAUGCAUCGACUGUAUGAUCUGUAAACUAAAAUUAAUUUUAACUACUGUCCAGUACAUAAUAAAAAGCUUAGCGAUU